UUCUUUCCCUAGCUGGUGACGCGCCGCUGCUAUUAAUCAUUCACCAGCCGGGGAGCAGCAGUCGCGGCCGCUCGGAGGGACCGGCGCUGGCAGCCGCCCCUCUCCCGAUGCCCGCGUCCCGCAGCCGCCGCGCCGGGAGCCCCGGCGGGAUGGUGCCCAGCGCAGCCGGCGGCGGACGCCUGCUGCUCUGAGCCGGGGCCGAGGGUCCGGGCAGAGGAUGCUCCCCAAUGGCACCUGCCCCAGGCUUCCGGGCGGUGCAGGCAGCGACAGCGGCGACAGCGACAGCGGAGGCAGCGACAGUGGUGGCGGAGGAGCCGGUGGCGCCUCGGAGGAGGCGGAGGCGGAGGGCAUGGACUCGGGCGGCAGGAAUUCCUCUGGCGCUCCGAACAGCACCCUGAGUGAGUCUCAGGGCAGCGCCAUCCUCAUCUCAUUCAUCUACUCCGUGGUGUGCCUGGUGGGGCUGUGCGGCAACUCCAUGGUCAUCUACGUGAUCCUACGUUAUGCCAAGAUGAAGACAGCCACCAACAUCUACAUCCUCAACUUGGCCAUCGCAGAUGAGCUGCUGAUGCUUAGCGUCCCCUUUCUGGUCACCUCCACGCUGCUGCACCACUGGCCCUUUGGCUCCCUGCUCUGCCGCCUGGUGCUCAGUGUGGAUGCCAUCAACAUGUUCACCAGCAUCUACUGCCUGACCGUGCUCAGCGUGGACCGUUACAUCGCUGUGGUGCACCCCAUCAAGGCGGCCAGGUACCGCCGGCCCACUGUGGCUAAGAUGGUCAAUCUGGGUGUCUGGGUGCUUUCCAUCCUCAUCAUCCUGCCCAUCAUCAUCUUCUCCAACACAGCAGCCAACAGUGAUGGAACAGUGGCUUGCAACAUGCUCAUGCCAGAGCCCACCCAGAGAUGGCUGGUGGUCUUUGUGGUCUACACCUUUCUGAUGGGCUUCUUGCUGCCUGUGGUGGCCAUCUGCCUCUGCUACAUCCUCAUCAUUGCUAAGAUGCGCAUGGUGGCCCUGAAGGCUGGCUGGCAGCAACGCAAACGCUCAGAGCGCAAGAUCACCCUCAUGGUCAUGAUGGUGGUGAUGGUCUUUGUCAUCUGCUGGAUGCCCUUCUACAUUGUGCAGCUGGUCAAUGUCUUUGUAGAGCAGGAUGAUGCCACCAUCAGCCAGCUCUCUGUCAUCUUGGGCUAUGCCAACAGCUGUGCCAACCCUAUCCUCUAUGGUUUUCUCUCAGACAAUUUCAAGCGGUCCUUCCAGCGGCUGCUCUGCCUCAGCUGGAUGGACAACGCUGCAGAGGAACCCAUCGACUACUAUGCCACUGCCCUCAAGAGCAGGGCAUACAGCGUGGAGGACUUUCCCCCAGACAACUUGGAGUCAGGGAGCAUGUACAGGAAUGGCACUUGCACCUCCAGGAUUACCACCCUCUGAGGAAGCAUUCCUGUCCCCCAGCUCCCUUACUGCCCCCCAGCUGGAGGACAGAUUCCAACUCACUGUUGGCUCUCUGGACUACUUGGCAGAAGCAAAAUAGAAAAGGUCUUAGGAAAAAAUCUGAUUAUUGCUGUGCUUUGGAGCUGUGCGGCAGGUUGCUGAUAAUGGGAGAUAAGCAGUCCCGUGACACGCAGGGAGCAGAGAGCUGGGACUCUCUGAGAUGGGAGCUGGGGGACCACUGAGCUGGGAAAUGCUUGAAUCUGUCCACACACACAAAAAUGUGUGCUGAUAAUAAAGUUGAAAGGGAGCACUAGACUGUGAAUCUGCUGUCUUGAGCCUGCUCCAUCAGCUGUGAAACAGUGAUGAAGGGAGCUGAGGUAGUUUUUGAAUGACCUGAGUGAUGGCAAAGUCACUUUAGCCUACAUGGAAAAAAGAGGGAGUCAUUAAAAAACCUGCACCAGUCUCUGAAAUAAAUACUUGACAGAAAAAGCAGCUGUUUGGUAAUAGCUACUACCCUAGCUCCAGUUUCUUCUGUUGCACUAAAAAAAAUCCCAACAAAAUGGGUUUCAUAUGUUGCCAAUGUAAUAUACUGACCCAGAGCUUCUUAAUGUUUCAUUUCUGAGAAUUCUUGUUUUUAAUGUGUGCCAGAUGUCUCCUUGUUUGAUUUCUUAAUUUGAUUCUAGUCACUGUGUUGUGAACGUGUUUUUCUGAAGCAAUUUAUACUGUGUACUUAUGUCUGUGGUGGCUACUUACAAGAUUGCAUUUAAAAUGGGUGAUGCUCAAGAAGGCUCUUUUCCAGAUGAAAACAUUGUCUUUUUCUAACUCUUUCAUUUACAUUGUCUCCCCCACAGAAAUACUCUCUUGAAUUUUGUCUCCUCUUAUGACAAAACAAAUUUCAUAUGGACAGAUGAAGCUUUCUUUGAUAAAUGACAGCUGAUUAAAUGAAACCUUCUAUCCCUGCUCCCUCUUAUCCCACACAGAAGAGUCGGUACAGACUGUUGAAAUAAGCAGAUAUGUUUUUUGCCUUCUACCACCUAUGCUAACAGUGUCAUUCAGUGGCAAGUGCCCCAGUAGCUGUGAAAAAUCACUUCUCUAGCACAAUACUGUGAUUGUAUUAAUUAGAACUACUGGAAAUUUGAAGUAAGAGACUGGAAAAAAUCUCUAGUAGUAGCAUACCCAUAGCAUUGUACUCGUAGCUGCAGUGCUUAAGUACAGUGUUAAGUGUAAGGUUGGCAGUUAAGGCAUCUAGUAUUUGUGGUGGUGGACUUACUACAGGUUUUUGUUAAACUAUAUCCUUUAACUUUUCUCAGCAGCAAAAAGCAGGAUGCUACUUUGUACAUUUCUUUCACCAAAACUUAGGUACUGUUAAAUGAAUGUAUAAAUUUAGUAUUUCAAAGUUGUCCAUCAAAAUGAGAGAAAAAAAUCUUAAUUCACUUCAAUGGACUGUAAGUCAGCUCCUUUUAGUCUUAAAAAUUGAUAAUGUGGAAACUGUUACAUCCUUAUUAAAAUAUUUCAUGAAAAGCUUUAACAAUGGUACAGUUUAUUUUCUUUUACUUCCUAGUGGAUGGGAUUUAAAGGAAACUUGCAAAUAUUAAAUUUUGUAAUGUUUUACAUGUGCAUAUGGGGGAAAAAGGAUGAAAUCGCUUUAUAAGCUCAAUUAACUUCUCACUGAAAUCAAACACCUGCCAAAACUUUAAAGUGCCCCAUGAUAUCCAUGAUGCUAUUUCCAGGGCUUCACUUGAUUUCUCACUCACAGUAUCUUCAAGAUGGCUUAAAUCUCAUAAUCUUAUGUAGUCCUUUUCACUCAGGCAUAUUCUCAUGGGUGGUCACAUUAAACAGAGAGUCAGUUUACUCUUUACUGCUGAAUUUGUUUAUUAUCAGACAUGAUGAGGCAAGAGUGAAAAAACAAAGAUUCAUACUGCAUACUCAGCUUUGAUGAGAAGUAGAACUGGGGGUUUUUUCAUGUUUUUUUUCUCUUUGCCUUGUAAAGAUUGUGAUGGAAGCCUACACACCUACCAGCAUAAGCACUUUAGUUUCAGUUCUCCCAGGCACAUCGCAGAGGUUGGGUUGGGGCUUCAGUAGAUGGCAGGCUUGCCUUCAGAUGGAUGGGCUGAUUCACUCCCAGCCAGCACGGCCCCUAGGUUCCUGGCUAAAACACUCUGUGUGAUUUCAGCUGGAAACAAAAUCUGUUUAUCCCAAACUAACAGUUGUUCCUGCUAUUUUUCACUCUGGGAGAGGUGAUCAACAGCAAUAAAUCAUUCAAUUUAUCUAGAAAGAAAGUUAGUUAGUCCAUUCUGUGUUACUGUUCUAAAUAGUAGAAUAUAACUACCAGGAAGAAACAAAGCUGUUCUCAUGAAAUAAUAUGUACCAGAAAAUGAGCAGAACUCUUUUUAAUGCUUUCCAAAUGGCAAAUAAGAAUAUUCAGAUUCCAUAUAGAAAUUAUUUUAACCAAUGAUUAAUUCACUAAAAAAAAAAAGAGUACAGUGGUUUAUUUCUUGGUGUCAUUUUGACUUCUUACCCAGCUGCAAGUAGGUGAAUUGUAAUUUGUAACUAGUAGUAAUUUUUUUUUGCUUUUUCCCCAUGAGCUUUGGUUUAUAUUUUAAAAAUACUGCAUUCACCUUGUCAUGGAAAUUGGCCUUGUGGCCACUGAAAUGCAGGUAACUUUUGCACUUUGUUUAGCCUGAGACCUAUACCCAGCACUACCCAGUGAAUGGCCUGGACUGGUUCCUGUGGCAUGUAUUCCAGAGAACAGUUUUCACAUGGAACACACAUGAGCUGGGCAGCACACAUCAGCUGCAGCAUUUUCCCACUCCAAGAAAGGUGCACAGGAAAUCACUUUCCUUUCUCAUCAGGCUUCCCAGUGCAGUAGCAAA